GUUUGGUUCGAUUCAGUUUUUAUCAAACCAACCAAAAACCAAACCGAACCGAUCAGUUUUGUCAGAAAAAACCAAAAAAACUGAUUUUUUCGGUUUUUAAGUCGGUUGUUGUAAUUUUUGGUUCCGUUUUAUAGUAAUUUUCGGUUCGGUUCGGUAACUUACACCCCUAAGUUUUAGUUUAUGAUCUGCUACUCUUUCAGGAUGCUAAUCUUGUUGAUGUUACAAGAGAAUAUACAUCUAAGGACAAUGCAGGUUAUUUCAAAUUGUGGUACAGCAUUAAACACAAUUUUACUCUAACAAUAGUAUGGUCCCCUUUUCUAGUUAAAGCCAUGGAUGAUGAUCCCUAUGGCUAUGAUCAUUCACUUAGCAGGGCCAUGAACCUUUAUCUCGAUGAGCCGGAUGAAGCUUGGGUCAACAAAAUUGUGAAUUUUGACUAUGUAAUUAUCUCAACAGGACAAUGGUUCUUAAGACCCAUGAAUUUCUUUGAAAACGGUGAAAUUGUUGCAAAUAAAAGGAGAAAAGAGGACAUGGAACAUAACUUGUAUGGAUACAGAAAGGCAUUUCAAACUUGCUUUAGAACUAUCAUAAACCUUAAAGGGUUUAAAGGUUCAACAUUUUUAGUGACUCACUCUCCAAACCACUUUGAAUAUGAAAAAUGGAAUGAAGGUGGGUAUUGUAACAGAACAAAGCCCUAUACCAAAGAAGAAAUGCUCAAGUAUUAUAAUCAUUGGAAUGUUCUGAAAUCAUUUCAUGAUGUACAAUUGGAGGAAUUUAGAGAAGCAGAAAAGGAAGCUAGGAAAAAAGGGUUGCAAUUUGGUUUGAUUGAUGUAAGUGAAGCUAUGGCCAUGAGGCCUGAUGGACAUCCUGGUAAACAUGGCCAUUUAUAUUACAACAAUGUUAAGGUUACUGAUUGUGCUCACUGGUGUUUGCCGGGUCCUGUUGAUACAUGGAACCAGUUUUUGCUCUAUAUGAUGAAGGGGAUAAGCACUCCAAUUUAACUUCAAAAAGUGUAUUCUACAUAUAUAUAUAAUUAUUUUAUGUUUUUGAUUCAUGUACUAUAGGGAAAAAUCUUCUACUAUCCCAUGAUUUUGUAAAGGGUUACAUGAGACUUUGUGAAAUGAUUGAUUCUGCUACAAUCCCUUUCUCAAGAAUGGAUUAGUUUGGAUUCAGUUGGUUUGAAAAGCCCUGUUUUUCGGUGAAGGUUUUAAGCCAUUAAGUUAACCCAAGUGUCAAGCAAGAUUAAAUGUUUAUUGUUACUUUCUUUUUCU